CUCCAAAACGUUCUGCUAUCGUCCAGCGAGUCAUCAUGGCUAACUUCAAGCUCAAGUCUCAGCCAGCCGUCAUGGGCUUCACCCCAGAACGUCUAGCUGGCUUCAGAGGACCAUUAGUCAUGUGGGGCUUCGGUAUCGGAGUUACUGUAUCCCUCUUUCUGAGCUCUGUCCCUAUCUUCAAGAGAGAUGUUCUGCAAAAGGUCCCAGUGCUCGGAGACUACUACACCGACAAAACCCCGGACAGCGACAAACCAUUCUAGAGGGCGUUGCGGGGUUCUGAUAUAUGCAUCAUCUGAAUGCUGAUACUCGGCACAAAUGUGUUCAUGCUCGAUGGCAUUGUCUCCCUCCCAGAAACCAAUGCAGCAAGCCAUGCUCGUCCUGCACUCUGGGUGCAUAUUCAACGCC